UAUCUCUCUAUCUCUCUAUUCGUAUGACUUUGCAUCUGAAUUCUGCGUGAGGCUUUCGCAGAAAUUCAGUCGUGCUCGGCCCUUCGAUUCAUCGUAUCUCAUGAACGCUCUCAUGCAUCAAGUAGUAGUUAGAACGAUAAGAAGAGGCAGCAGUCGUAAUUGGAGAACAUUUUCUUUGCUUAGCUCAGUAGCACCACUCGUACAGCAGGACGAGGAAUGGCCAGUGACUUGUCCAGCAGUUGUACAGAAGUCAACGAGCUCUUCAACGAUGAAAAAGAGGAAGGUGAGAUAUCCCUUGAAGAUGUCAGCUCGUCUGAAGAGGGACAGCCAUAUAUAUAUCCACCAAGAACAUUUGAACAAUGCCCAUAUUGUCUGUCAACAAAGCACUGUGCUAUGUGGUGUAAAAGCCUGACAAUUAAUAAAAAUAAUAUCAAGCGAGAAGCACAUCCUGUUAUUGCCAAAGAUGCAGGCCUACAAGGGAAGGAAAAUCGCAGUCGACGACAUUAUCACAAAGACAUCAUGGAUUCUCGUAUCUCCACCGAUACGAUCGGAUCGAAAACAGCCAGCGCCUAUAGUACCCUACAGGAAAAAAAUAAAGAUGACGACGCAACCGUCAUUAGCGACCUUGUGCCCAUCUCGAGUGAUAGCGAUAUGGAACUCGUGGGCUUGGGUCACGAUACCAAGUUGGAAAAGAGGUCACGCCGAUCAAUUAAGUCUAGCAAAACGCGAAGAAGACGACGUAACAAAUCACCAUCAGUCGCCUCAUCAUCGCUUUCGCCAUCUUCAAUCGAUCUCACUCUCUCCAUUAAAGACUCUAUUCACAGACUGGAACCAAUUCAGCUUGUGUCCAGUAAAAAGGAGAGCAUCCACUCAAAAUGUCAUCACCACUCUCCCGACAAGAAGAAGCUGAUUAACACCAAACUAUCGUUAUCUUUGCGCAGACAUAACAGGUCGCGCUCUUCGGCCAUAAUUGCCAAACGACGAACUGGACGUCAAGAACUUCCAUUACCACCACCUCCAAGAAAGUCCAUACCUUCUCUACGACAGUCAUCACCCUCCCAUCAACGCGAAAUGGAAAUCCUCUUAAAUACUUCAGGAAAUUUACAACAGCCAUCGAUACGAGGCAAUGUCACGAAACUACUCAAAAAGGUUCGAAGGUUAGAGCCGUUCUCUAGUCGAAGUAGAGAAAAGGGAUCCUCGCUCAAAGAUAAACUAAGCAAUAUUAUGAAGAACAAGAAGGAAACAUCGACUAUCAUCGCCAGCACAACUUCCAGUAUCGUUACUACUGCUGCAACUUCCAAUAGUACAACCACCAAUGUCAUUCCCGCCGCCACCGCCAUUAUUACCCUCACCUCCUUUAAUACCACUACUACCACGGCCACCACCACUACUGUAGCUUGCACUAUAGAAACAAAUAAAGAAAAUUUAACCAAAUCUAGUACUAAUACCAAAGAAGAACCAGCAGUUGCUGUAAAAUGCAAAGAAGUUGUAGUAAACGAAGUACAGAAUUUAAAUAAAAUUGACAACAAAGAUGACGAUGAUGAUCUCUUCGUUCUGCGGCAGAUAGCUCUUGAAACAAAACAAAAAAAGAAUGUCGUUCCAAAGUCCGAGGAUGUAAAAAAUGAGACUACUAAUAAUGUAAAGACCCAAUUACAAUCUGUGGCGCCACUACAGAAGUUACCUAACAUCUGCAUAGACGAUAACGAUGAUGAUCUUGAGCUACGAAUGAUAGCCCUGCGUUCAGCCGUGCUCAAGAAACAUAAUACACGCAUGCAAUCCGGCGUUAGACGAAAAAGAAAGAGCAGCGAGGUACCCGUUGUGCCACGCAUUGAAAGUCCUUUCACAUCUAGCUUUAUCGAAGAUUUUCCUUUGCUAGCUAAGAUCUGUAGUCCCACUUCACCCCUUGGAUCGAAAAAAGAUAUCUAUUAUGAUGAAGACAUGGAUUUAGAUUCCGAUAUGGAACUCGAUGGAUCGCCUUACUCACCCAAUGAUGAUGUUGGUAAUCAAUUCCUACUUGAUAGCGUCGAAUCCUUACCAGCCUCUGUAAAUCAAGAACACAUGAUUAACAUGAGUCUCUAUUCAUCUUCCAAUCUCAUAAAAACAUCAUGUCAUCAUGGCCAAAUGUCAGCUGAACCUCUUGAUCGAAAUGUAAUGAAAUUAAGUAACCACGAGUCUCGACCUUACUCACCAACUGAUGCUACAAUCUAUGAUCCUGAUUUACCAGGCGUUCGCUUUAGUGUUGCUGACACACAGCCCCUCCAACCUCCACCUCUGCCACCCUUACCGCCUCUCGACAUGCUCGAUUCUCAACAGCCAGCGUUGAUUGGUUGUACAAUGGGUUUAACAAAUGUCUACUCCGACUCUCUACUUACUCUGCCCAUGCCCGGUUUCUCAACAAUCCACCAAGCCCUAAACCCGCUAUUACUUCCGCCUCCGCCUCCACCGCCUCCUAGUACGGCUCCGCUCUUCACUUGCCCAGUGGUUACGGUAACGACAACGACAACAGUAACGACAAAGACAACUCCAACAUCUGAAUCUACGAUAGCAUCCGAUACAAUUUUAACUAACGAACUAAAUGACUUUGGUGAGACAGAUCUUGACGGUAGUCCUUUAGUACCCAUAGAGCAGGACAAUGAACGCGCGACCUGGUUACUACUUGACGAACCAUUGUAUUUAUCCAAUAUUCAAAUGUGCGAGCCAAAUGGACUAUCAAAACUUGUCAGCCCCAUACCUCAAAUCGAAUCGCAGAUGACCGAAACAAUGUCAAAAAGCGUCGAGUCGCAAAAUAAUACUCUUAUUAAGUCACAGAUAGUGCCACUGUCACAUCAUAAGGAACCAGACAUGAUUAGAAGCAGAAGCUUGGUACAGAAGCGGAAGCGGAAACAAAGUAAUACUUCGCGCCAAGUAGAAGAGUUAGUUUCUGGUAAAUUUGACUCAAUGCAAGAAAAUCGCCAGGAAUUUGGUAGCCUACAUGUUAAAGAGAAAAAAUCUAACGAUAAAGAGGCUAACGUCGAAGAUGACGAAGAAGUACUUAGAGAAAUAUUGCUUGCUUCAUUAGCCAAAAGAGCGAAAGAUCAGCCAAUAAAAACGCCAACAAGAAACGAGGAAUUAAAAAACACUUUAAAAGUAAAAAAUGAUCUUUCACGAAGUUCAGCACUCGCACCAAAAUUACCUAUCGCAAAAGCAGUAAUGAUGAAUCAGCUGAAGAGACAAGCGUCACAAGCUGCUUCAGCCGAACAGCCAUUGCGGAAGAUUAUAAAAAAAACAAACGUUAUUCCAGCUUCCACAAAAGUCGUUAAUAAUGCAAAGCGCUAUCAAAACCUAAUGAUUCAGCGUAAGCUCAACCAGCAGAAGAUUGCAUUGAUUGCUUCAUCCAAGAGUCGCUUUAAGGUAAACAAUAACAGCAAUGCUAAUAGUAACGUUAAAAAUAUAGGUAGCGUAAGUGAAACUCAAAGCUCAACAAGUCCACAAAUAACAAAAUUGAUUAAUGAGAAUCAAAGGAUCAUAAUCAAUCUUAAUGAAGAUACUGAAAGUGAAUCAGAAAAUGAAGAAACGAAGAUGAAAUUAAACACCACCAAAACUAGACCGACUAUAACAAUACCAACAACAGAUUUUGAAAAAAGUGUUGAUCAAUUUCUUAAGGAUGUCAGGCACAAACAGGAGAUGAAUAUUAUAAAUUCAUCUACAACGUCAACAAUGACAGUAACAAAAACAACAAACAAUUUAACUUCGACUCAGAUAAAACCUCCCGUUCAAAAGCUGGUCAUUCCAGCGACUUCACUUACAGUUUCCAGUGUCAAGAUUACCGAUCCUGUAACAACAAAACCAAACAUAAAUCUUGCAAAAGCUUCUACUGCAACAACUUCCAAUACAAAUUUAGCAAAUGACAAAUUCACUCCUGACAAGGCAAUAACGAAAAUUCCAAGUAUAUCUGCUACACCUCAGGCAGUAAAGCAUCUACCAGCAUCUCAACAAGAAGAAUAUCGACGUUUGAAACAACAAAUAUUCGAGCGCGAAAAACUACAUCUACAAAAUUCAAAAGGAUCUACCACUGCUUCUACUACAACAACAUUAACAAAGAGCUCAAGCAUUUUAUCAAGUCCUAUUAUUUCACCAGUUAUACUGACAUCAUCCAUCCGAAAAGUUGAACCGAAAAUUCAGAUAUCAACACCAAGCAAUCACAUAUCUCCUUUAAAUAAAAUGGUUCCCAAGACACAACUGGUAGCAACAAUAAGCCCAAUGUCGAAGCAAAAUUAUGGGAACAUAACUGGAAAAUUAAAAAUAGCCUUAUCUCCCAUUUCUUCUAAGCAAAUCGUUAGUAAACCCAGUAUGAAAAUUCCGGCCCAAUCAAGUCCUCUUUCGAGCGUAAGAAGAUUGCAACAAGUGAAACUCCUGGACAAAAUGAAUGACGCCUUGAACACCCAGAAGAAACAAAUUAGAGCAGUUGCCCACAAGGUCUCUUCUUUAAGGAUACUUGCUAAAGAGCGACUGAAUUUACGGAACUCGCAUGUACAACGUCCGAACAUAGAGUCCGAAAGUCGUCUUAACAUGGAAAAUCUUCAUAGACUAAAGAAUCAUCAGAUAAAAGAUGUGAAGAAUGAAAAUGAAACUAUUUCAAAUUUAUCAACUACUAGCAGAAGUCAUUCAAUUGAUUCAUUAAAUGCGACAUACGUUUCUCUACAAAGUAGUGUAGAUAAAGCUUCGACUAUGGAAAAAUCCUCUGGUAUCGACGAGUCAAAACAAAAUUGGGAAGAAUUUAAAAAAGAAGUUCAUAAAGAAGUAGAAUCUCUUUCGAAUCUAUCUCCAGAGGAACAAAGGGAACUUUUAUUCAAUACAGAAGAAGAAUUAAUUACAAAAAGGCAUUCAGUUUUGGAUGAUAUCACUGAAAUGUCAGGCAAUCUUAGACAAUGGGAAAUAGAAAGGGAUCUACAAAAUAUGUUAAAUAAUGAAAUUAAUAAGCUUCGAGAACAACUGAGAACAACUGAAGAAAAACUGCUUUUACAGAAAGAAAAGUUGAACAGUAUUCAGCCCAAAGUGUCUACUUAUCAUGAAAAAAUCAAUAGUGGCAGAAAAGAAUGUUUCAGAUUAUCUAAAAUAUGUAAUGGUCUUGGUCAACAGAUUAUUGGGUCUAAUUACAAUGUUCCUACUGCUGGUGCAGAACUUUUAAAUAAUAAGAUAAAAGAAGUUGCUAUUCAUACUCAAAAAUUACGCAGUAAAAAAAAUCUACCUAAAGAAAUUAUAAAAUCUAGUAAUUUAUCAAAGAAUAUAGAAAAUUCAAUUUUAAGAAAAGAAAAUUCUUCAAUCCUAAACAGUGAUGAAGAUCAAACUUUAAUUAUGCGAAAUAUUAACUCGGACAGUGACAAACAAUUAACAAAUUUUAAUAUUGAAAGUUUAGCUUUAACUAAAAAAAGUAUUCUUAAUAUUCAAAGUGAAAAAUCAGCUUCCGAAAUUGGUGUAGAUAAUUUAAUUAUAACAGAAAAAAAUGAUUUUAAAAAUCUAGUGCGUGAAAGUAGUAUUCCAAUGGAUGUAACUACAGAAUGUGACUUUAAAGCUGAAUCCAAAGAAAUAUUAGAGAUUGGAAUUGGAUUAGAUAUCGUUUCGACCACAAGUAUUAUUGAUACUGAAUUAAAUGAAACACUAAUAAAUACUGAACAAGAAAAUAAAAAGGACCAUUGUAAAGAAAUAUUAACAUCAUCGGUAGAAAAAAUAAUAGUAAAUGAUGAUACCGAAAGAAAAAAUUCUGAAUAUUCUAUAAGCAAUAAGCAUUCCCUUUUAUCGAACUACAUUGAUACAUUAAAAUUAAAAGAUCCUAUUCAAGAGACCACAGAACUGACCAUAGAAACAAAAUGUAAGGAACAGUUUUUGGAUCAUAGAAAUGAAUCUUUGCUGCAAAGUUGCAGUUUCAAGACAGCCAAAAAAAACGUGAUUCAACCUUAUGAAUCUAUUUUAAAGCAUCUACAGACAAGGAACAGCAAAACCGAUGGGAUUCUUUGUCCAUAUGAACUCAUGGGUACCUGUAAUGAUGGAGAUUGUCAAUUUGUUCAUCAAUCCACUAGUCAAUGUCGAUAAACUUUUAGUGACUAAGGCUCGUGGAAUAUUUUUUAUACGUAAGGUAUUUUGAGAGGCUUGACGAAUUACUCUUAGAUACAAUUGUGCAUUGGAUGUGUCGUUUCUCAGCAUUUUUGAAGAUUGGUAAGUCGUCUUCGUAACUCACAGGAUCUUUUUUACAGUGAUAUAUUACUAUUGUUUAUUAGAAAAAAUUUUCAUAAAUGCCGAAGCUUGUUUUUUCGGUAGAUUAUUUUUUGUUAUUGCUAUCACGUUAAUAUUUUUGCACUCGAAAGAACUGAGUUAAUUAAUGCUAUAUAAGCAUUAUCAUUAUUUUUUUCUUUUAAACUUUUUAUUAUGUGUAAAAAUUAUAAAUAUAUAUUGAAGAUUUUAUCGGUAAGGAAUUGAAAUUGUUGCCAUGUAAAUAAUUUAUAAAUCAACUAAAAUAUUGAGAUUCUUUAAACUUUUAAAGUGAAAUCUGAUAAAUCGAGAAAAUUAGAAGUGAUGACUUCGCGAUAAUGUGUAUCAUAAAAAUUAAAUACCUCAUAAGAAUUAAGUGAAAAAGUGUA